GCGAGGAUUGAGGAGGGCUGUUGUGUCUGUGGAACGCGCUGCGUGUGGAUGCUAGGUGUAGUGAGCUGUUUUAAAGGGAAACGGGGAGGUACAAUUCCCCGAUGCGAUCACUGCACCGGAUGCACGUUUAUAGUCACAGAUAAAUAUUGUCCUGUGUAAAGCGUACGCUUCUAUGACUGCUCGCUUUAUUGAUGCAACUGGCUAAUUUGCUAACGGGUCCGUGCAGAUGCCAUUCCAGCGGAGGAAAAGGGGACAUGAAUACGCAAGACAGUAUGGCUUUCCCUCUUCCUGUAGGAUGUGUUGAAAACAGAGAAACGGUGCAGCUGUACGCCUUUUAACUUACUCGGAUAUCUGUUUUCUUCUUGAACAAGAAUACUUUACUGCUUUAAUGCGCUCGCACUGGUGGAUUCUGAUGUAUUGACAGGGCCGCUGUCCGACCCGCACGGCUCGGCUGGGCUCAGUGAGUCUGCAGCUAGCUGGAUCCAAGGAGCUGGAGUGCGCUGGGGCCUCGGUUUUAUAAUACACAUUUUGGGAGCUCUUGGAGCUUACCAAGGGAAAGGGUCGGAGGCCAGUCCCCCGGUGACAGAUGUGACAUUGGGGAGAAAUCAUUGUCCUUUUUGUUUUGUCCUUUUGUUAUUUUGGAUUUGAAUGGCAUAUUUGAGUUUCUGCAAGCAAGGCGAAAGCCGUGAUGAUGGAAUGAUGGAGGGUUGAAUCUCAACCAUUCUAAUACGUCUAGAUGGGGCGAGACAGAACUGAUGAACCCUAACGUUAGCUAGUUCUACCCCCAAACCAACACCGCUAUCCGAAUUGGGGAAAACGGACCCACUCUCCACAUCUGGAUAUAUCUACACCUCUCUGUCUCUCUUACCCAUUUCAAAACCCCCCAAAGGCAUUCAUAAAACAUGGAUAAACUCACUAUAAUCUCAGGGUGUCUGUUCCUUGCAGCCGAUAUCUUUGCCAUCGCAAGUAUUGCAAAUCCAGAUUGGAUCAACACUGGAGAAUCAGCAGGUGCUCUGACGGUGGGAUUGGUGCGGCAGUGCCAGACAAUCCACGGGCGCGAGCGGACCUGCAUCCCUCCACGGCUCCCGCCGGAGUGGGUGAUCACGCUGCUCUUCAUCAUCAUGGGCAUCGUCUCCCUCUCCCUCACCUGCGGCCUUCUCAUCGCCUCGCACUGGCACCGCCACGCCACCAAGUACGCCCGCUGGAUCGCCUUCACCGGGAUGAUCCUGUUCUGCAUGGCCGCCCUCAUAUUCCCCAUCGGCUUUUACAUCAACGAGGUGGGAGGGCAGCCCUACAAGCUGCCCAACAACACGGUGGUGGGGUCCUCCUACGUCCUCUUCGUGCUCUCCAUCUUUUUCACGAUAGUCGGACUUCUGUUCGCGGGGAAAGUCUGCCUGCCCGGCUGACGGUGCUCCUCCGGUGACGUCUGUUUGAAAUUCCAGCGGAGAGGGGCUUCUGUGAAGACCGGUAUUUCAGAAUGACCAUCAAAGCAAAAAGCACAAAAAAAA